AUGAAAUUGACAACCUUGGUACCAACAACAACCAAGCGUUCUUCUCUCUCUCGACUCAAACUCGAAGCUUUGAAUUUAGUUCAAGUAUGUUGGGUAUUACUGCUGGUUGCUCCACAAGCUGAUAGAGUUGUUAUCCGUCUCGAGGACCUACCUGAGAAAUCGUCUGGUGGGGUUUUGUUGCCCAAAUCAGCUGUUAAAUUUGAGCGGUAUCUAAUGGGAGAGGUUUUAUCUGUUGGUGCUGAGGCUGGGGAAGUGGAGGCUGGAAAGAGGGUUCUUUUCUCAGACAUCAAUGCUUAUGAGGUUGAUUUGGGAACAGAUGCUAAGCAUUGCUUUUGCAAAGCUGGUGAUUUGUUGGCCGUUGUGGAGUGACAUCUCUGCAUUUCUGCCAACUUUGACAAGACCAACUCCAUACAAUGAGGGAGUCAACUUGGCUCUCCUGUCAGUGUGAAGUUAAAUGAGAUCUUCCGACAGUCUGUAUUGAAGUAUGCUCAGCAUUAGGGGAUCGGUUAUUGUUGCUUUCUUUGUUCUGUGCUGCUAAACCUCCCUCCUUUGAUGUGCAAUAAACGGGAGCUUUGUUCUGACUUUGGCACGA